AUUCGCUACCUCAAGGACAUAAGGUAAACCGGGAGUUUGGAACUUGCUGGUUUCCUAUUUGGCGAAGGCCAUUGUAUUAAAUAUGUCUGGGAGUGUUAAAGUUGCAAAACCAAUUUUAUCUAGAAAUCAUGCAGAAGCUCGUAGGCGUGUGUUGAGUUUAUAUCGUGCAUGGUAUAGACAAUUACCAUUUAUACCAAAAGAAUAUGCACGUACUAAUACAAAUGUUACAGUACCAAUUCUACAUGCAAAAUUAAGAGAAGAAUUUCGUAAAAAUAAAGAUAUUAAAGAUUUACGCGUUAUUGACUUGUUAAUUCAUCGAUGGCAAAAUGAACUUAUUGAAGUAGCGCAUAUUUGGAAGUCUGAUACACAUGUAAUGGAUUUUUUUAGAGAAGCUAAUCUCCCAGAAAAACCAAAAGAUUUUUUGGAUAAAUUUUUAUCUGGAAAACAAUAAAAUCAUUACUUGUAAAACAUUUAAAAUUGUAGAAAUUCUUAUCAAUAAUAGUGUGAUAAAUUAUUUUUAUUUCAGUAA